UGUUUACAAAUAACACAAAAAAUAUAUACAGACAAAAUUCUUCUUUCUUUUCACAACAUUUCAUGCGUAAAAUACAGUAAUAUUCUGUAAUAUUCUUUGAAAAUGACUCUAUGAAGAGUCGAAACGUCAGAUCUUUUUUUUUUUAAUAAAAUAGAUUUCAGUUUAGUCUAUGGCUGCUGUUAAUUUAAAAAGGAAUAUUCUAAUCAAAUUAUUGGCUCUUAAUCGUUUUAAUGUUUAUUUUACUUUUGCGUCCUGUCACACGUUGUCUCCAUAUCCUUAUUACAGUUAGUUUAAACUUGUUUUGCUUAUUUUUGACUGAUAAUGUGUUUCACAAAACGUCUCUAGUAAACAAUGUUUAAAUCGGUGUCUAUAACUUUAUUAUUUUUUAUAGAAUUUUUUACCAUUUUCUGUAUUUCUAUCUAAAUAAAAACAAUCUUCUGAUCAAGUUUUACGCAUAAAAAUUUUAUCUAAAUUAACUAAAUUUUGAAAGUAUAAAGUUAUCGAGAACAUUUUUCUCUGACUUGUGACAUUUAAAUUAACAUUCAAACUUUAUAUUGUAGAAUUCGGAUAAAAAGAUGUUAAUAUGGUCUUAUAAUCAUCAUUGCUGUUAAUAAUGCAAAACAUCGAUUCAAUUGAAUACACCUUAUUUUUUGUUAUUCCGUCAAAUAUUUUCAAAAUCUAUCCUAUAAUUUGAAGUGUUUGUUUGUCUGUUUGUUCAGCUAUACAAAUCCAAAUGUUUCAUCCCAGAGCAAUCAAAUUUUACAUGGGGUCCACAUUCAUCAAGAGAAAGACGGUAGGCUAUGUGCGACUCCAAAAUCUCCACUCACAGGGGUACCCGGGCAACCAACUCGGGCAACGCAGGGUAAAUUUUCUAGUGAUAUAUAAUUUUACAACCUCAAAUCAAAUGAUUACUCAAAAAUUCAGUUAGACGAUUCCAAAAGUGAUAUAUCCCUAGUGAAUGUACUGAGCUAAGGGUACCUGAAAAAGUACCCUGCUACUAGUAUGUCACAGGAACUUUCGGGUACUGAAGUACCUUAAAGUACUUUUAGGUACGUAUAAGGUACUCGGGCGGG